CCCUCAAACAAGCUUGGUCUUUAUAUACAAAACAUAUCUCCUAUAUUAGCCUAGCUAAGCUGCCUUGGUAUCCAUAUUCUCUCAUUCAUGGAAGAACAACAAUCCAAGAGCAUGGCUCAACGAUUUUCUAGGAAACCCAGUUGCCGGAUUCCAUCAUUUUCCUCUGAACCAAACAAGACCACUGCUAUGGGGCCUGAAAAUUCAGUCAAGACUAUUCACUAUAUUGCUUUGCAUGGUUCUUCUUUGGCUCCUGUGGAGCAUAAUCUAGAUUCCAUUGCUGAACCUGAGGCAAUAUUGCAAAGAGAAUCAGGACGAGAGAGACUGAAGAGGCAUCGAGAAGAGGUGGCUGGAAGGGUUUUGAUACCCGAUACAUGGGGUCAAGAGGGUUUGCUCAAGGACUGGAUCGAUUAUUCUUCUUUCGACAACUUGUUAGCCCCCAGUGGACUCAUGUCAGCUCGUGAAUCACUCAUUUCACAAGGAGGUCGAGGAAGUUCUCAACGAAUGAGGAUCGAGGGUAGGUGUUGAACUCUAUCUUUCAGAUCGGAUUCAUGUUAGAACUUAGAUCUAAGAAAUAAAAUAUUAACCCGAAAAUAGAGACUCUCCCAAGAGGAUCUAGUUGUUGUAAUAACAAUAUCUGUGAUACUGUGAACAUAAAUUAAUUUCUUUCUUUUUUUGAUGAAUUAUAUUAAAUAAAUUCUACUA